AGGAGGAGGAGGAGGAGGAGAAGAAGAAGGAAGAAAGGAAGACGAUGAUGGCGAUGAUGAUGGAGAAGAAAGAAAAGGCAUCAUCAUCACCACGAACGGAGGAGGUCGUGCUUGGAGUUUCUUUGGAAGACGACAACAGUAGCAGCAGCAUAAGAAACGUAGAGACGCUACUGAGGGUAGUCCCAAUGGGAUUGUGUCUGGCAGCUCUCAUACUCAUGAUCAAGAACUCAAUCUCUAACGAUUACGGUUCCGUUUCCUACUCCAACCUCGGCGGUUUCAAGUACCUGGUGUAUGCGAAUGGAUUAUGCGCCCUCUACUCGCUUCUGUCUGCAUUUUACAUGGCUCUUCCUCGACCUCCCACUCUGUCUCGUGCAUGGACCCUCUUCUUCUUUGACCAGGUGGUGACUUACUUGAUACUGGCAGCGGGAGCAGUGUCAACAGAGCUUCUGUAUCUAGCGAAGAAGGGAGACGAUGCGAUAACAUGGAGCCAGGUAUGCGGAGUAUUCGGUGGGUUUUGCCACAAGGCCACAGUCUCGGUGGGUAUUACAUUCGGGGUCGUGGCAUGCUACGCAGCACUCUCUCUCAUAUCCUCCUACCGCCUCUUCAGCAGCUAUGAUGCUCCCCUUUCUUUCCCCCGCAAAGGGAUCGAAGUUGCUGCCUUUCCUGGUUGAUCUCAAUCACACCCACUUCCCAUCCCUCACCACCCAUAUCACCUUCACUGCUUUUCAGCAGUUUUAAGUGAUGUGUAUGUGUGUUUCUCUACUGAGUCAAUGUGGCCUUUUACUUGUGCAGAUGUGUAAUGGGUGUAGAUCUUCCACCUUAACCCACUACCAAGACAUUUGUACCAGUCUUUUGGCCCUCUCUGUAAUAAACAUAACUUGGAAA